CUCCAUUCCAACGUCUGAUGUACACCGAAAAAUGGAGUCUUUAACAUACCGUGGCUCUACCUCGGACUUCUUUCGUUUCAGCUCAGGCAUUAUCGUGAAAUCACCUAUGAGGGUUUGGGCAGGAAAUCCCAACCAGCAGAAGCUAGAAGAAGAAAUGGAGAAAGCUAUCUCCUUUGAACAACAGGUUCUGGAAAAAUUGGGUGACCAUCCUAGGAUCGUUCCGUUAGUACACCUCGUGAGUCAUAAAUGACCGUAAAGCUAAUCACUCAUAGAUAUCUAGGUCCUCAUUCUUCAUCUAGGGGCAUUAAGCUUAGUGAAGCAAGCCAUGGGAAUCUACAGGCAUACAUUGACUCUGGCGUACCAAUUGACAAUUCUCUUCGUUGGAAAUGGUCUCUACAAGCGGUCGAGGCCGUGGUAUACGUGCACCAUAAAGGCGUUAUCCACUCAGACCUGCGACCCGAAAACUACCUCGUACAUACCACGAAGAAGGGAUCGCUAGACCUCUGGCUUUGCGACUUUGGCGGCGCGAGAUGCGACAGCGUAGGGUUGAAUGUCUCCCACCUGCCCGAUGAACCUUUUUUUGACCCUCGCAUGCCCUGGAAUUCGACAUCAGCAGUUGAUAUCUUCAGUCUAGGGUCCAUGAUCUACACUAUUCUGACAGGUCAUUGGCCAUAUAGGGAGGGGCCUCCCCCGGUGACCGUAGAGGACAAAAGUGUCUAUGAGGCCUACGUUAAUGGGAUGUUUACAGCGGGUCGUUUCCCAGACGUGUCCUGGUUGAAAGGUGGGACAGUAAUAAUGAAAUGCUGGAAUCACCAGUACAGCACGGCAGAGGAGGUGCUGUUACAACUUACAGCGCUGGUCAAUUAACGUUUAUGGGAGUGUACGUCCGCUAUUUUGACGUCUACAUCUUCUUCUCCUCUAUUUCACGUCUUCACUUCACGAGGCGUCACUUCCUCCCGGCAUGGUAGAUGGGGUAACGUGGUGGAAUUGUUUCAUCUUCAAUCUUUGGGGAUGGGAACUGUGAGG